CACAGCACAAGCACCGAACCUCAACACAUAACAGCCAGCGAGUCUUGCUGUGAAUUUCUACUGCAUCCGCAUCUCAAGUCAGCCUUCAACAUGAAGAUCGCCGUGUUGGUGAUGUUGGCCAUGAUGGCUGGUUUCCAAGUCGCCUCUGUCAGUGGUGGAGAGGCCGAGACAAAGGUGGAGAAAGUGGCGCAAGUGGAGAAGAUAGCAGAGGUGGAGAAGGUGGCAGAGGCAGAGAAACGGGAUGCUGGAAACGCAGAAGGAAUAAAAGAGGAGCGGGGAGGUGAGGAGGGAGAGGAAGAGGUGGAGGAGGAGGAAGAGGAAGGGGAAGAAGAGGAGGACGAAGACUACCACAAUAUAUGGAAGAGAAGCGCAGAGGAUGAAGAUGAGGAGGAUGAGGAUGAGGAUGAAGAAGAAUAGGAAGAAAAUAAGAGGAAGGAGUAAAGAAGAAUUAGCCAGCUUCAUAACUAUGGGAAUGCUUGUUUGGACAAACAUAGGCUUGAGAAGACACUGAUGUGAAUUCUUAUAUUGAAGACGUUAAAAAAGACAGAACCUCAAUUCAUCUUUCUUUCUUAUCUAAAUAUAUACAAAUAUAAU